GUUAUUGAGAUUUCUCUCAACAGUCAGCUUAGUAGCCACUCCUCCGUUAGCAUACGGAUGCUGCAAUCAUUCAUUGCUAACAGUUAGCGAGUGUUUUGCGAUGAUGGCUGGGGACUUGCAAGGUUUUGCGCUAGAAAAAGCUGAACUGCUUUCCAGCCGUUUAAAGGAGCUCCUGUCCUCCGGACAAGGAUAUGUCCGGACUCAGUUCGGGGUAGAUUUGGGUCUGAAGCCUGAUGUGUACCCGACGUGGGUCAUCCUGUCUACGGCCUCGGUUGGUCUCCUGCUGCUACUCUGUCUGUCCUGGGCUGCCGUCUGUGGCGGUCUGUUUGUCGGGAAAAAGCGGGGAUCCCCGGUCACCCGAGGCAACAGGGAACCUAGCAAGGCCAAUUUAGCUAAAACUGCCAAACCGGAAGAACAGAAGAAGAGGAACAAAAAGAAAACGCUUGAAAAGAACACUCAAUCCAAUGGACAACCAGUGGCUGUACCUCAACAGGAAGUUACAUUGAUAGAUGCGGAUUCCAAGCUGACCCCACAGAUCAUAACCAAGAAGGUGCAUGAGGUAGGUGCCCCAGUGCAGGUGAAAAAGAACAAGAAGAAAGCCAAGACAGUUGUCAAUCCAGUCCAGCAUGUUUCUACAAAUGAUGGGAAGGAACCUGAUGAUGGUGCAUGGGAGACCAAAGUCAGUAACCGAGAGAAGAGGCAGCAGCGUAGGAAGGACAAGGGCCCUGAGGACUCUGGUGGCCCGGGAGGGGUUGAGGCUUCCAAGAGCAUCGUGGAGGCACCUGUGGCCACAGCCCCUACCAACACCAAGAAGAACAGAGGAAACCAUGAGUCCCUGCAUCCAAGAACCACCGGAAAGGUGGAGACAGCCAGUGGAGCUGUGUCCUCCAGCUGGAGAGAGGAGCCUGCAGUCAAUACUGGAGAUUGGACUCAUGUCAACAUGUCUGUGAAGAUCCCUGCUCAGGUGGGGGCUAUGGACGGAACCAAGUGGAGUACCAUCCCCACGACUGCACAUUCCAGGGCUCCACCAAAGCCUCAGUCCUGGAGACAGGAGACGCAAGCAUGGGGUGCCAUUGAUGGUCGGAUUAAGAAUGACCUUCACCCUGUGACCUUCUCCAUGCUGGGACGAAACACCACAGACCCAAUAUCAAAUUCAGUGGAUCUGAAGUGGGCGAGGUUCCCUGAUGUUGAUGAUGAAUGGUCUGGAUUAAAUGGGGUAGUAGCAGUGGACCCCAGCUCUGACUGGAAUGCCCCACAAGAGCACUGGGGAAACUAUGAAGAGCCCCCUGUGUUGGUGACCUCAGCGCCUCCAUUGAAAGAACAACAUGUCCCCAACAAGCCAGUAUUAGAGGAUGAGAAGGACACUGACGAUCCGUCCGGUGGAGCAGCCAAAUCCAAGAAGAACAGGAAGAAGAAGAAGAAAACAGAAGAGGAAGCUGCAUCUGAGGCUCAGACGGGGAGCCCCCUUCCCCUCGUCAAUACAGUACCCAAACCCCAAGAGCCUCCUGAGCCGGCCUCCAAAAAGCAAAAUCCCAGCAUAUCCUCUGCUCAGAGGAAAUCUGAGCAGAUUGUGGAGCCUCUGAAGCCCUCCCUAAAGAAAAAAGUCCGAAGGGAAACAUGAAGACAAACAGGUCUAUACAAAGCAUAUGCAAAUGAUUGUAACAUGUGUCCCAUGCAAUAAUUACCAGUUAAGUUUCUUUCUGAGAUACAUUAACAGGUUAUGAGUUACUCAAACA